ACAAUCCACAAAUCUUGAUCGUUCAAUGAACUCCCAAUGGUUCUCAUACAGUUACACGUGCAGCCUAUCGCUCAUUUUCUCAUUUAAUUUGAUUUAUUUUCUUUCUCUGCAUGGAAUUCUCCUCCAACUACUACACCCAACACAAGAUAAACCAUAAAACCAAAGAGCAAAGCAAAAUCAGAGUGUAGAUUGAUUAGCUCUUGUAUUACUAUGAAUAACUAUUGUGGAAGGCACUGGUAGUGGCAACUACCAUCGAAUUUGAUUUGAUCCCUUUUUAAUUUGAUUUGUCACUACAUAUACCCAUUAAAUUUUGAGCAUUCUAUAGGGAAACGGAAAAUAAGGGGUCUCUCCCCUUUUUGUGGGUUGGAUCUUGUACUUAUGGAACUGUCACAUCUGACCAUUUUGAUUCUCUUCUGAUCAUCAUCAUCAUCACCACCUGGUUAAAAAGCAAGCAACUUGGUGAUCUCAAUUUUGUCCCUUUCUCUUCUCUGUUCUCUCCUUCUUUCACCGUUUUGGGUGGGGCUGGAAACAUGAUCAUGGAUUGAAUGCUAUGUUGUCCUUGCAGAUUUGAGGUUUGUGACAUACUUUGUUGGGUAUAUCUGGUUUCUGCGUCAGAUUCACGUCACGUCAGUCCAGUCCAAUGGAGGAGAGGAAGUAUCUGUGCAAGUAUUGCAGCAAGAGGUUUCCUUGUGGAAAGUCUCUGGGGGGUCACAUCAGGACCCAUAUCACUGAAGAAAGAACUAAUGCUGAUGCUGACAUCUUCAUCAAGUCCUCGGAUGCUGUUAAGAAGAAGAGAGAUUUAUGGUGCGAAGAUGUUGUCGGGAACCCCAUUUAUGGCCUCAGAGAGAACCCAAAGAAAACAAUGAGGUUCGUGCAUUCCAGCGCUCGUGGUGGUGGUGCUGCUACCGGUGCUGCCGGUGCCAACUAUGAAAAGGAGGAGAGGUUCUGCAAAGAAUGCGGGAAAGGUUUCCCAUCGCUGAAGGCUCUGUGUGGUCACAUGGCUUGUCACUCGGAUAAAGAGAAGAGAACCAUCAAGUUUGAAGACAGUGACAAGAAACUGAAAUUGGUUAUGGACAGUCAAUCUGAUACCGAGACCUGUGCUCCAUCUCAUCCAAGGAGAUCCAAGAGAAUGAGGGUCAAGACCAUUAACCUUUCCAAUCACCCUUUUUCUUCUUCUUCUCCUUCUUCUUCUUCUGUUCCCUUCGCCAAUGGCUCUUCAACCGUUUCAGAGGUGGAGCAGGAGCAAGAAGAGGUUGCUAGGUGCUUGAUGCUGCUGUCUAGAGAUUCUACCUUCAAGGGUCGUUUUGCUUCGGUUACCGAAUGUUCUGAUAACAACUCAGUUGUUCUAGAAGCAAAAUCAUCCUCUCCUGAUACCCGGAUUGCUGUCACCAAUGGUUCUAGAUAUUUCAAACAUGGUCCCAAAACCAAAAUGGUAGACUCUGAUGUCUCAACUGAUGAGUUUAAGUGGCCCAAAAUGGGAGAUAAGUCAAGCAAAUACGCUGCAACUUUAGUAAAGAAAUUAGUGAUGGAGGAUUUGGAUUAUGAUGGAACAGAAGGAACUGCAAGGAAGUUUGAUUCAAGAAAGAGAAACAACUAUGAGUCUCUUGAUAACAAUCCAGUUGGUGGUUCUAGCAAGAAGAUAGCAAGUGGUUUUGGUAAUGAAGUAUAUGGGAAUGGCACAAAGGGCUGGAAGUAUGAGUCUUUGGAGGGUGAAAGGGACUAUGAUUCUUAUGAUUCAAUUGAGGAGAGCCAUGAAAACAGUUCCGAGACAGAAUCUUAUCCUGCUCCCAGGUCUCAUAACAGCAAGGUCCUCAAUGGAAAGAAGUCCACAAGCAAGGCGAAGAAGAAGUUGAAGUCUAAGAAAAGCAGGGAUCAUGAGUGUCCAAUCUGCUACAAAAUUUUCAGGUCAGGUCAAGCCUUGGGAGGACACAAAAGAUCCCAUUUCAUUGGAGGGUCUGAAGAAAACACUCUGGUGAUCAAACAAGCUGCUCCUGUUGUUCCAUGCCUGAUUGAUCUAAAUCUACCUGCUCCUGUUGAGGAAUAAGGAAAUGGGCAUCCUGGGUUUUGCAUCAUUUUGAAGCAUCUGCUGUUGAGGUACUUGAAUCAAUGUCUCCAAUUCUUAGAAUGUUUUGUCUUUAUCCCAUAUGAUGAAAGCGAAUGCAUUGUACAGCCAUGUGGAUAAAGGAUUUUUGUUCUUAACGCUUUUA